AUGACUCAACCCCAGGCACCCCUUGUGAGCAGCGUCGAGCUCCACGACAACAACGAAAACCCCGACACCACAUUCCCCUCGCCCUCCGAUAAAGACGCCCAAAAUGACGCCCUACUACAAGCCUCACUAGCCGCAGACUCAGAAAACCCAGACGGCGGCUACGGAUGGGUCGUUCUGUUCGCGUGCGUCGUGAUAGCCUGGUGGUAUAUCAGCAUUUCAUAUACAUGGGGGAUUUUCCAAAUAGCCCUACUCCGGCAGCAACAACAACAGCAGCAACAAGAGGGGCGGCAGCACAUCUCCGCUUCAACACUAGCGUUUGUGGGCUCUCUAUGUCCGAGUUUUAUUGCGUCGCUGGCGAUUCCGAAUGCGAAGCUGGUGAGGGCGGUUGGGCCGCGGGCUACGGCGUUGAUAGGGAUGUCUGUUAUGGGGGUGGGGUGUAUACUUGCUUCGUUUACGACGGGGCAUGUUGGUGGUUUGUUUGUGACUUUUGGGGUUCUUUGUGGGGUUGGGAAUAGUAUGCUUUUUAUGGUCAUCAAUGUAGCCCCAUCACAGUGGUUCAGCAAGAAACGAGGCCUGGCCAACGGCAUGAUAUACGCGGCCGGGGGGCUCGGCGGCGCCGUGAUGAGUUUUGUCCUGGACGCCCUAAUAAAAGGCCUGGGGAUCCCCUGGGCGUUUCGUAUCCAAGGGCUCGCCAUGCUAGGAACAGGUCUACCGGCUGCGCAUCUCCUCCGAACCCGGUAUCCAAUCCCGCCAACUAAGAUGGUCGAAUGGACUAUGUUCCGAGACGCCAGGUUCAUCGUCCUCUUUGCCGCGGGGGCAGUCACGACAUUCCCACUAUACGUGCCGCCGUUUUUUCUCCCGCUAUAUGCGGAGGCGCUGUCACUCUCUUCAGAUGCCGGGGUCAGUCUGGUCGCCGGGUUCAAUUUCGCGUCUGCGGUUGGUCGUUUGGGUUGUGGGUAUGCUGGAGAUGUGCUGGGGUCUGUUAAUGCGCUGCUCCUGGCAGUGACGCUGAAUGCGCUGACCAUGUUGAUUAUCUGGCCGUUGUCGGAUUCGCUGGGUCCGUUGAUUCCAUUUGUGAUCCUGAAUGGGAUGGCGAAUGGCGGGUUCUUUGCCAUCAUGCCGACGAUUAUCAGCAGUAUUUUUGGCUCGGCUAGGCUUUCGGUUGCGAUGGGUAUGAUUGUAACGGGCUGGUUUGGGGGGUACCUCUUGGGCCCGCCAAUCGCUGGGUAUAUUCUCGAAGCAACAGGGGACGAGUCCUCCAUUAGAACCUACCGGCCAGCUAUCUUCUUCGCCGGGGCAAUGGCAGCAGCGUCAGUUAUCUUGGUGGGAGCUAUACGCUUACUGAUAGACCGAGAGUUACGGAAGAAGGUUUGA